AGAAGCCCGCUUUAGAAAGUGAAAGUCCGAGCGUUGUGUAUGCGUGCUCACGUGUGCUGUGUAAAGAAUGCAUGAAUUACGUGUGUACGUGUACAAACUAGCAACACAUCAGUUAACGAAGUUGGCGUUGCGACGGGUCGAUGCAACGGUGAAACAUCGAUAAACAAUGUAGGCCUACUCCAACAUUGGAAAGUCCUACUUCCCAAAAUGUGAGUCGAAAUCAACCUGAAAUUUACUGGCAAACAUGUCGUAUGUCCAACUGACAGAAAAACAGUGCAAUGACACGCAAUGCAAACCACCCGACGACUGCAGAGAGAGAUACUGGUACAUCUUUUUGAGCUCAAGUUUGAUUGCUUUUUUCGGCGGGAUCGUGGUGAUUUUGGUGUUCCGGCUGGUCGUGUCGAUCAGCUGCAAGCGGCGCGUGCAGGAUGCAUCGCCGCCGACACCGAGCUUCAACGGCCCCGUGUUCAACGGUAAAAGCCCGGACAUCGAGGUCCCUUGGAUGACUGCCGUCAAAGAUUGGGCUGGGGCAUUAAUAUCAGCACAGACGAAGACUGGGAAGUUUUUGGUUCUAAUUGUUUUCAUCAUUAGCGUGGCGUCUUUUGUAGUGUACCUGCUGCAGGUCAGCCAGCCCAUCGAGAGGUGUUUUGUUCUGUCCCAGGAUACCUUAUUCCAAGUGGAUCUUGCUUUCAACUUAUUUUUCUUGUUGUACUUUGUGCUGCGGUUUGUGGCUGCACCAGACAAGUUUUGGUUCUGGCUCACCUGGAAUUCCAUCGUAGACUUCUUUACAAUACCUCCAAUCUUUGUGUCCAUGUACCUACAACGAACAUGGCUCGGUUUUCGUUUCCUUAGAGCACUGCGGAUGAUGCAGCUGUCCGAAAUCCUGCAGUUUUUGAGCAUUCUGCGGACAAGUGACACCAUCAAGCUGGUCAACCUGGUCACCGUAUUCUUCAGCAUGUGGCUGACGGCUGCAGGCUUUGUUCACUUGGUUGAGAACUCUGGUGAUUUCUGGAAUGGCUUCAGCAAUCCCGAAAACAUCGAUUACUGGACCUGUGUUUAUAUCCUUGUGGUGACCAUGUCAACCGUCGGCUACGGGGAUGUGACUGCAAAGACCACUCUGGGCAGGAUUUUCAUCGUGAUCUUCAUCUUUGGCAGCGUGGCGAUCUAUACCAGCUACCUCCCCGAGUGCGCCGAGAUCUUUGGAAGGAGGAAGAAAUACCAGGGUUCCUACCAGUCAGAGAAGGGACGAAAGCACAUCAUCUUGUGUGGGCAUAUAACGUACGACAGUGUUGCCAACUUCUUAAAGGACUUCCUGCACAAAGACAGAGAUGAUGUCAAUGUUGAAAUUGUUCUGCUAGAUAAUUCGCAGCCGGAUCUGGAACUGCAGGCAUUGUUCAAGAGGCACUUCACCCAGCUGGAGUUCUUCCAAGGGUCCGUCCUCAACUCCGUGGACCUAGAAAAAGUCCGGCUAAAAGAGGCCGAUGCGUGUCUUGUGUUAUGCGACAAGUACAACCUGGACCCCGAUGCGGAGGACGCGGGCAACAUCAUGCGCGUCAUCUCGGUCAAGAAUUAUCACUCCAAAUGCAGGGUGAUUGUACAACUCAUGAAUUACCACAACAAGGCCCAUCUCCUGAACAUUCCCAGCUGGAAUUGGAGGGACGGUGAUGACGUCAUCUGCAUCGCCGAGCUGAAGCUGGGCUUCAUCGCUCAGGCCUGUCUGGCCCCGGGCUUCUCCACCAUCAUGGCCAACCUCUUUGCCAUGCGCUCCAACAGCGAGAUUAAGCGAGCCGCCUUCAGUAAGGGUGUUAGUCACACCAGUUUGUAUGAAGUUCCGUCCACUGAUCUGGCUGGUCGUAAGGUGUCUUGGCAGACACACUACUUACAAGGCUGCGGCAAUGAGAUGUACACGGAGUAUCUUUCUAAAUCUUUCACUGGAAUGUCAUUCCCUGAAGUGGCCCAAGUGUGCUUUCAGAAGCUGAAGUUAUUGCUGAUAGCUGUGGAGUCCAACAUUGACACAGUGGAGAGCAUAAUCGCCAUCAAUCCUGGUCCUCAUGUCAAGAUCCACGAAGGAACUUUGGGGUUCUUUGUUGCUCCCUCGGCUCAAGAGGUCAAACGGGCGUACUACUAUUGCAGAAUCUGUCACGAUGAUGUCAUCGCUGUGGAGAAGAUCAAACAGUGUGACUGCGAUAACGCAGACUAUUUAGGUCGACGCAGCCAUCGUCAAGGUCUGAGGCGUCUUCUUCCUUGCCCUCGGAAACGCAAACACCACAAAUUCUCAGUUGCUGACAUAAGCACGGCUCUAACAACGCACUCAACAGACGAGAAGAUUCUGAAGGCACAGGGGGUUAUUAAUAAUCAGGAUGCCGCACUGAGCAUUCCGUCAAACCUAGAGGGCAGCAGACAGGAUAAGAGCAAUGGCACAACACUCAAUACAAACCUGCACAGCUGUAUUCCCAUCCACACGCAUAAUUCUGACUGUUCAGAUAAACGGUACAGUCGAGACCCACCGACUGACGGCGAUUGGUUAGGUGGGCCUCAGAGACCAAGAGCUGUCCAGGCGCGACCCCCCAAGAAAGAUAAGAAGAGAAGCUAUGCUUUACGUCGUCCCAUCCGGUUUGAUCGCCCGCGCCCCUGUGUGGGGUCGCUGGGUCGCCUGCUACUAAGGAUGCAGUAUAUAAAUGGUGAUCACAGCACCAAGCCGACUUGCACCAGUAGGGUGAGUCCUCGUUUGAAGCAGCUGCCUGAUUUUGGCGACGAAGAUACCACCUACCAGUUUGAUUCAACCGGAAUGUUCCACUGGUGUAAAGAUAGAACCUCCUCCUAUGCACUCUUGACGCGCGAGGAGGCCCAGCAGACAAACCUGUGCAACCACGUGGUGGUGUGCGUGUUUGGCAAUCGCAACUCCCCGCUCAUCGGCUUGAGAAACUUUGUCAUGCCGCUGAGAGCCAGCAACUUCCAUCUGGAGGAGCUGAAGACGAUUGUCCUGCUAGGUGACAUGCAAUACAUCGCCAGGGAGUGGCAGACCCUCAAGAACUUCCCCAAGGUUUACAUCAUGGAUGGCUCACCUCUGAGCCGUGCCGACCUCAGAGCUGCCAAUGUCAACCAGUGUGACAUGUGUGUCAUCCUGUCCGCCAACGACAGCACCUCAGAGUACCAGAGCCUGCAGGACAAGGAGACCAUCCUGGCCUCCCUCAACCUGAAAGCCAUGAUGUUCGACGACUCGGUGGGCCUCCUCAGUGCACCGGAGCAAGCCAUCAUGCCGAUGCAUCUUCCUGGAAUAGAGACGCCUGUUCUGGAGCAGCCUAGCAGGAGAGGCUCAGCAGUGGGCGCUAAUGUCCCAAUGAUCACUGAACUUGUGAACGACUGCAAUGUCCAGUUUUUAGAUCAGGAUGACGAGGAUGAUCCCAAUACUGAGCUGUACCUCACGCAACCCUUUGCAUGUGGAACAGCAUUUGCCGUCAGCGUCCUGGACUCCUUAAUGAGUGCUACGUACUUCAACGACAAUGCCCUGACCUUGAUCAGGACAUUAAUUACAGGGGGCGCCACUCCCGAACUGGAGCAGAUCCUAGCCGAAGGCGGUGAUAUGAGGCCAGGGCUCAGCAUUCCCGACCUCCUAGCCAAUCGAGAUCGGUGCCUUGUAGCCCAAAUACCACUCAUAGAUGGACCCUUGUCCUAUUUUGGCGACGGAGGCAUGUACGGAGACCUCUUUGUGGAAGCUCUAAAAAAAUUUGGCAUGCUCUGCUUUGGCAUCUAUCGAUUCCGAGACUCAACCCUCUCAACAAACACACCCUCCUCCAAGCGCUACACCAUCACCAACCCACCGUACGAGUUCCCUCUCCUGUCCACCGACCUCAUUUUUGUCCUCAAGCACUUUGACCCCAGCCCGUCCUCGUCGAAGGCCAGAGGCCAAAGUUCGGGGGGCAACGGCGGCAAUGGAGGGCAGCACAAAAAGAAGAAGCGGAAGGGGAAAGACAAGGAGCGGAACGAGAAGAGGGACUCCGGUGAGGGCAUUGAAAUGACCCCCCAGAUGCCCCAGCGCCACACGGUGCAAGUGCAGAACAGUAAUCCAAAUGGGCAAAAUCAGUCGCCAGUUCACACAACAAUGUGCUGAUCCGAAUGUUGAAGGGGAUUGCGCCUUCGAAAGCCAGAUACAUCACUACAUGAUCUAUGUAGCUUUACCAGUGAGCGCAUUUCUGGCAUGCCUCCUGCACUGUAUAGGAAAGGGCGAAGGCUAUGUUAGUGGCAGAAGUGGGAUAUCGUGAAGGACCACUCCAGCAAGCAGCAUUAAUAUACACGUAGUGUCUUUAGUACCGGGCCAUCAUGUAAUUUAUAUUCAACUUAAAAAGUUAUUUCUUGUUCAUGUAGGUAAAACGUAAUAUUCUCCACACAUGCAUGCUGGUAAAUGCAUGAUUUUGAAACUGAAAAUAAAUUUGGCUGGUGAAUAGUGUUUUCCCACUGCACCAUGAAGCAUUUUUACAUAACUCGUACUUGUUCGUACAUGUAACAAGAGACUCUUGAUCUUGAAAAUCUUUAAUUUAUAUGAACAGUACCUGAUCAUUGUCUUUGGUGGCAGGGUAUUUCCCAUAUUUAUGAACUGUAAAGGUCUUUUUGGCCAAGGAUUUAUUUUUUAUGACUUUAGCAGUACUGGUGUUUUAUACGGUAGGUUCAUCUAUUUAUUUCUUCAUGAAUAACUUCUGAUUUUCUGUUCAACUUUUUGUUUGUCACUUAAAGAACAGUAUUUCCAAAGGAAGAAAUUUCAUUGCGGCUUGUUUUUUGGUAGUUGAGCAGUUAUUUUUACAAUAUCGCUAAAUACACGAUUUCAGCCAAUGCUCCUUUAAUGCCAGAUUGUGGAACCCUCCUUGGGCAUUUUCCACAUCUUGAUUUGAAAAUGGAAAGUCGCAUUGUGUUCCUGUUAUCUGUUGUUCCUGAGGAUUUAUUCUCUGUGUCCCAUUGAGAACUAAUCUCUCACAUUCACUAUGGUCAGAUGUAGAUAUUUUGUUCUGAGUAUUUUGUGUAGGAUGGUUAUUAAAUAGCUAAAACUUUGGGGGUCAAACCUGCUACAUAAAAACAGAAACACCACAUAGAACUGUUGCUUCAUUGCUAGUAAUGUGAAGCUCAUAUUUGCUGUGCUUUUUUGGGGGUCUCUUACUGCGUCAUUUUCUGUAAAUAAUUGGAACUUUGCAUCAGGUAAUUAAUAUACAUGUAGUAUUACUGGCUGAAGAUCAUCUUUGAAUAUCUACUUAAUGUUUGAAGAUAAUCAGUUGUGUGCCUUGAAAAACCGUUGCAUGAAGAAAUGCUGGACAAAUUCCUAGCGAAGUUUAUCCAUCCAUGUAAAUAAGAAAUAUUACCUUAGCUUUGUUGACAAAUGUCUGCGAAGGGUAUUUGUACAUUCAGGUCUGUCAACUGAACUUUUUUCAGGGAAAAAAACGGGAGGAAUCUAACUUAAUCACUUUGGCUGCAUCCUCAUCUCGUCUAGAGCUAGGUCUAGGUCUUCGCUCCAUUGGAAAUGUGUGGAGACGCGCAGACAGUAGACCUAGCCCUAGUUCUGGAAGCCUGUUUCGAACACCGUCUUUUGACUGGGCAGGCACGGUCUAGUACCCCGAAGUAUGGUUUGUUUAAUGUGCAAUGAGAUUUCAUUGGAAGGUUGGCCCGGUGACAGCUUUAUAUUCUAAAAAAUACAUUGUGGAUGCGGUCCACCUUAGGUUAAGAUAUGAUAUCAGUGCUAUCCAUGUUAAUCACCUUUAACUCUUUGGUAUAAACAGCUUCUUAUAUUUCUUCUUAUUGUAUUAUCAUGGUAACAUUAAUGUAUCCAAGACUGACAAUCAGCAGUUCAUAGUUUUAAACCAGGAUUGCCAAAGUGUGCCCCCGUGUUCAUUGAAAUAAGAGGUUUGAUGCCAUAUGGCAAACAGAAUUCUUGGUAGCAUCAGUCAGUAAGGCCACACUUUCAUGGAGCACAGAUCUCAACAAAUCAGUAAAAUUAAUUAGACUUUCUUGAAACUGUUUGUUUUCAGCAAGAAAAUGGAGAUGGAGGGGAAAUGGAAGUAAACGUAAAACAAACUGGGAAAUUCUUUCUUGCUUUGUUAGGUGUGCCUGCACGGACCAACUCUACGGAGCACAAGUGAAAGAAGACGAAGAUCCUUGACAAAACUCCUGUGAUGGAAGAAAUUUCACAAAGAAAAAGUCACUUUUCCUUUUGUUAAAUUAACUGUCUUGAUAUGGAAAAUAUUGGGAAAAAGUGAAAGAUAAAAAUUAUGUAAAUCGCCGGAUCACAAGCCAGCUCAACAUGUACUUUUUUUUGCACGCCAGAACUGUAAGUACUGGUUACUGUUUAUGUAAUCAGUCCGUGUUUAGUAAAGUUGCUUUCACAGACGUACUCUUCUCUGCCAUAUCUAUUGGCCACAAAAUUCCCAAUAUGCUUGCCGUACAUGUAUAUGUAUCUUCAACGAAAAAUGUGGAGAGUUUGUGGCCAGAUAAAGUUCAGACAGCCCAAUUCUUUCCUGGUUGUGUGGCGAUAUUUUAACAGUGAAAUUCAUAUUCAUUUUUGAUGCUUUAAUAUUCAUAAGUUGGCAGAAACAAUUUGGGGGGGGGGCCAAAAAGAAUUCAGUGGAUCCAUAAUCCAUAAAAGUGUGGCCUUACAGAUGUUAACACGAGUCAUACAUUAUGAUGAAGGUUCAUCGUGAUGCUUCUGCUGUGUGCUAAAUUUAGUAGCAGUCAUGCACAGAAAAAAAGUUGUUUUGAAAAUUGUCCUUUAAAGAAAAGCAUGUAACUGGUAAAUUAGCUUAGAACUGGUUUAUUAAAGUGAACUGAUUUUAGGGAACGUUUUCUAGCCGAGACAAGCACGCAUCUCAUGGUAUUAGUUGCAAUUUAGUCACAAAGUUAGACGGAAUGUUACAAAAACAUGUAAAAACAUGAAAAGAAGAAUUUAUCCCUUUCAAAAAAUGAUCUCCCAACAAAGGGGGGUUGAUUCCUGUUAAGUUGCUUUUGUAUGCUGUGUUGAUAAAUUAUGGAUACAUAACAAGUCUAUAUAUAUAUGGAAGACAACAGAAAAGUUGUAGAGUGACUUUUUAAAAAAGGCUUGACUCUGCAAACAUUAUUUUCUAUAGUUUAAAAGGUUUGCCUUAUUGUUCCUCUCCGAAUUUUUCAAGUGCAAACAGAACUUUCAGAAUUUAAUAAAAGCAUUGCAAAGAAAACCAAA